ACACCCCUUGUUUUUACUGAGACUGCUCUGUCAUUCAUACUAUUUUGGGGAAUGAUGUAAUGGAAGGCAAGCUAAGGGUAUAUAGUCUAAGCAUAGUCAUGGUCUGAGCAUAGUAUGGUCUGAGGCUAAAUCUACCGAAAAGCAAUGGCUGAAGAAAUAAAAGAAACAGAUGUAGUAUUGACUGGCUGCGAUCAGAUUGCGCUUGAAUGCUCUACAGAGUACGUGAGCUACCCUCUGACUGAGCAGACAUGUUGGGCUGUCACCUCCUUCAAAGCUCCGUUCUAUGAGCCAACCUCUCGAGCCUCGGUGAACAUUGUGGCUGUCAUUGACAAGAGUGGCUCUAUGAAAGGGGAAAAGCUGAAACUAGUCAAAGAAACCCUGCAUUUUGUCAUUGACCAGUUGAAAGAAACUGACAGACUGUCUGUGGUUACUUACGACGCCUAUAUCUACGUGAAUUUUGACCUGAUGCUAAUGAACAAAGCCAACAAGAAAGAAGCCAAGGCUCUUGUUGACUCCAUUCGUAGUGGCACACAAACUAACCUCUGUGGAGGACUGCUCAAAGGAAUGGAACUGAUUUCGAACACCAACGAGCAGGACAAAGCACAAGUACAGUCUGUUCUACUCCUAACUGAUGGGCUAGCUAAUGUCGGUGUCAGAGACACCAACGAUAUUCUCAGAAACAUGAAGUGCUACCAGGAGCUUGAAGAGUAUGAUGAAAAACAACUUCCACCUCUACGUCAACAGCCGUGGCAGCACCCACAACAACGAGGACCACCUCUACACCCACCACCUCCACAUCUGUCACGAGCUCCUGUACCACCCCCACCACUCUCACAAGCUCCUGUGCCACCUCCACAGCUCUCACAAGCUCCUCCGCCACCCCCACCACCUCCACAGGUCUCACGAGCUCCUGCACCACCCCCACCACCCCCACCAUCUCCACAUCUCUCACGAGCUCCUGUACCACCCCCACCACUCUCACAAGCUCCUGUGCCACCCCCACCACCUCCACAGCUCUCACAAGCUCCUCCGCCACCCCCACCACCUCCACAGCUCUCACGAGCUCCUGCACCACCCCCACCACCUCCACAGCUCUCACAAGUUGCUGCGCCACCCCCACCACCUCCACAGCUCUCACGAGCUCCUGCGCCACCUCCACAGGUCUCACAAGCUCCUGUGCCACCCCCACCACCUCCACAGGUAUCACAAGCUCCUCCGCCACCCCCACCACCUCCACAGCUCUCACAAGUUGCUGCGCCACCCCUACCACCUCGACAGCUCCCACGAGCUCCUGCGCCACCCCCACCACCUCCACAGCUAAAUGGUCCACUGUUACGUAUACAACAAAACAUCUAUCGUCCAAACCAUCCAGCAAUCGCUCAAAUUCCUCCUACUAUUCUCAGAGCACCUCACUCCAAGUUUGAGGGCACUGUCUACACAUUUGGAUUUGGGUCUGACCACGAUGCCACUCUACUGGAGGCCAUCUCCACUCAAGGGGGCGGAGUUUACUAUUACAUUGACUCUAACGAAAAGAUUCCUGAGUCAUUUGCUGACUGCCUGGGGGGUCUACUGAGUGUGGUGGGUCAGAACCUCUCUCUCAAGCUGGAGCUACAAGGAGGCAACAGUGUGGCCGAGGUACACGCUAACAGAGCCAUCAAUUGGACGACUCCUGACAAAACCUGUGACAUUGCCAUGGGAGACCUUCAGUCGGAGGAGGAGAGAGAUAUUGUGAUGGAGUUGAAACUGCCAACUAUGCCCAAUCCCCAACAAGACCUGGUCAUAAAGGCUUCUCUCUCCUACUUCAAUGUCAUCACCUCUGCCCUUGACACUGUCACUUUUGACCUCAACAUAGACAGGAAAGACGGUGCUCAGGGCCCAGCAAAGGAGACUGUGGAUGUGCAGAGAAACAGAAUUAUUGCAACUACUGCUCUGAAGAAAGCCGAACCACUUGCGCAACAAAAUCGACUGGCCGAUGCCCAUGCUAUUCUCAACACUGCCAUCUCCACACUGACGGCUUCACCAUCCUUUCAGCAACAUUUCACUGAGGCUCUGACUAACGACCUUCGUCGAGGGAUUAGCUCACUGAAUUCAGCUAGCUCGUAUCAGAAGCAUGGCAGACACUACAUGCGCAGCAAGGUUCAGACUCACUCCACUCAGAGGUCAAACUUUGUUGAUGACACUCAGUACUACCAAAACAAAUCGAAGAUCGCCAUGAGAACUAAGACAAAAACCUGAGAAACAGUUUUGAUUAGCGUUAUUUUUAACACCUUAGAGUGUACUAGCUUCAAUCGGUUUGUUUGUGCACAUUAAUUAUUCUGUUAUUGUGAAAGUCAAUGACUAGG